CGACACCGGAAGUUGAUUUGCUAUCACGUGAUUGAAAGUGAAAAUGGCUGAAGAAGAGGAGAGUCUGGAAAUAAUUUUAAAUACUGCAACUAAUCCAGCUAAUAGGGAUGAGGACUGGGAGACCAUUACAAAAUUCUGUGAACAAGUUAACAAAGAUUUAGAAGGGCCACAGACUGCUGUCCGACUCCUGGCCCACAAAAUACAGUCACCACAGGAGAGAGAGGCAGUAUAUGCUUUAGCGACUUUAGAGGCAUGUGUGAAAAAUUGUGGCCGACGCUUUCAUGUUGAAGUUGGAAAGUUCAGGUUUCUGAAUGAAAUGAUUAAAGUUGUUUCACCUAAGUAUCUAGGGAACAAAACUAGUGAAAAAGUGAAGAAAAAAUGUAUAGAACUUAUCUACAGCUGGAGUAAAGGACUACCACAUGAAAACAAAAUCUUAGAAGCCUACCAAAUGUUGAAACAGCAGGGCAUUGUAAAAGUAGAUCCAGACUACAUUGAUAAGAAAAUAGAUGUAUUUCCACCUCCCAAGCCUAGAACAGCUUCUUUUGAAGAUGAAGAAAAAUCCAAGCUACUGGCAAAGUUGUUGAAAAGUAAAAAUCCUCAAGACCUACAGGCUGCUAAUAGGUUGAUCAAGAACAUGGUCAAACAGGAUGCUGACAAGAUGGAAAGGGUUUCUCGGAGGAUAAAUGAGCUGGAGCAGAUUAACAACAACAGCAAAUUGUUGAUGGAGAUGUUGGAACACUAUUCACCAGAGACCUCUUCUGAGGCAGAUUUAGAUAUGAUGAAGGAGUUGUAUGAUAGUUUGGAGAGACUGAGACCAAAUUUGUUUCGUCUUGCCAGCGAUGCAGAUGAUAAAGAAAAUGAUGCAAUAAAUGAUAUACUGAAGAGUAAUGACGAGGUGACACAGGUGAUGGCUCAGUAUAAGAGGAAGGUGGCAGAGAAAUCCAAUCACAAUGGCCACGCCUCUGGUCCUGCUUCCUCCCUACUUGACCUGGCAGACCAAUCUGCUCCCUCCCACCCCACUUCACAGACCAAAGACCCCAGCACAGAAAUCCUUGACGAGGAGCUCCUAGCCCUAGGUUUAGGUGACAGUAGCACAAAAUCAGAAUCUCUGCUCGGUGACCUGGAUGACAUUUUUGCAGCUUCCUCUUCUAGUACCGUAUCUACCCAUGGAAAAAGUUUAACAACAGCACCAGCAAUGAACAAUGCAUUCUCAGUGAGUGGAGGACAGCCAGCAUUCCAGGCAUUCAAUCAGCCAAUGGGAGCACAUGUUCCAACUUAUUCUAUGCCACAGCCAAUGACAGGCAAUUUCUCACAAUUUCCAUCUCAGACAUCACAACCAACUACUUCAUUACUAAUGAGUUCAGAUUCUGAUACAUCUGUGUUCAGUCAAAAACCUAAAGCUCCUCCCACAGAACAGCAGACCCUGGCAAUGAAGGAGCUAGACAUGCUGGGACAAAAUCUACUACAGCAAAAUCUACCCAAGAAUUUACCUAUCAAACCACAAAACACAGGUCAAAAAGUACCUAUGAAUCAGAUGAUGUCUAAGACAGCCUCUCCCCAGCCCUCCCCGGGGACAAACUUGCUGGAUAAUCCUGCCCCCGCUCAGCUGCCCGUUUCUCAGCCAUCCCCUGUGUCCUCAACGCCAGUCAAACAGGGUACACAAGUCCUAGCCCUCACGGAUGUUAAUGUUCCACUGGAAUCCAUACAACCAGAAAGCACAGCUCCAGUGAACGCAUAUGAUAAGAAUGGACUUAAAAUUGUGAUACAUUUAGCCAAGAAUAAACCCCGGGAGGAUGUCACAGUCAUGGUUGUAUCUACAAUUAGUACAAACACGAAUCCUGUCAAAAAUUUUGUCUUUCAAGCCGCUGUUCCAAAGGUGAUGAAAGUAAAAUUACAGCCCCCUUCAGCCACUGAUCUACCUGCAUACAAUCCUAUUCUCCCACCCGCUGCCAUUACUCAAGUUAUGUUGCUGGCCAACCCACAAAAGGAAAAAGUGCGGUUAAAAUUCAAGAUAUCUUACAAUGUAAAUGGAGAGAAUCUAUCGGAUGUGGGAGAAGUGGACAGUUUUACGGUGUUAUAAUACUAGAACAAAUAUAUUUUUCAAAUUGUGAUGGGGAAAGUGCAAGUAUGAAUGUUAUGCAUGUGAAUAGUGAAUGUUACUCUAAUUCUUUAAGAACAAAAGGUGCUUGUUAGUGUUUUAUGAUUGCUUGGUGCCUAAUUCUAUUAGUUUGCAACUGCACAAUUGUUGAAAAAUGUUUUCUCUAUCAUUUUAGAACAGAAUAAAACUGUACACCUGAUAUUUAAUUGGACAGUAUGCUGUACAAGUAUUUGUUGUAUCUUUUCUUAAAAAUAAAUACCUGUGGUAUUGGAUAAUAAUUUAGAGGGUGUUUUUAUUGGAUGAAAUUACUGAAACUUGCACAUUGUACAUAAAACUACUUCUAUUAGACCUGAUAGGUAAUAUUAUAUUUAGGUACAUUGAGAUUGAAGCACUUUAAAGCUUCCUAAAAUGAACUUGGUUUACCCCUAAAAACCUUACCUGAAAUGUGAAGAUCUAGCAUUUCAGUCUACAAUCCAUAUCGAGUAUUUUUACAAAGUAUUAUUUCAUACAAAAAUUAUCAACAUUCCAUCAUAGAAAAUUGUUGAAUAGGAUUGAUAUGUGUCAUAUCCUUGUUAAUCACAAAAAAAUCACGAUUAUAAUUUAGAGAUAAAACUUCUGAAGUAGAUUGAACGUUUCAUUUACAGUGUACUGAAUAUCAGUGUGGUGCUAGUGUGCGUUAAAUUCAUAGGGCAAUUAAAUAUGUUGUUUGGUAGAAUACCCUGUAAAAAUUUUAUAGAUGAAAAUGGGGAACAAAAUUUGGACAUUAAUUACUGAUAGGGGGCAUUGUCAUCUUUUUUCCUGUAAUAUUAAUGUUUUGAAUAUUUUUCUCCAAGUUACAACAGUAUACAUGUAUAAAGAAGUUCUGGUGUUUGUUUUUAAUUAGAGCUUGUUCAUUUAUGUUUCCACAUACAGCAAGAAAAUCUCUUUAGUCUGCAUUUUAUUUUAAUCUGCAUUCAUUGCGAUUCCUACAAGAGAUUUUAAAAAUGAACCACUUUAUAUAAUUUCAUUCCGAAGUCAACUGCCACAUAAGCCUCAGAUACUGAUGUUGAUUAAAGUUUUCUGUGUAUAUACUUGUAGUACAGUAUACCAGCUAAUAAUUUUUAUGCAACCUUCACAUAUUUUUUGAAACUUAAAAAUUAAAACAUACUCCAGGUAUUCAUGUUACUGAAAAUUGUAUUACAUGAAUAAGAAAAUAUGUGUAUACUCAUUAUGUAAGAAUCAGUGGGCUUAAAUUAUGAGGUGUAAUAAUAUUACAAAUGUGCAUCUUAUAAUAUGUCCAUGUAUACUUUUUAUGUGAACGUGAAUAAAUUUCUAA